UCUUAGCUAUCGUAUUCCCCUGAGAUAGUAUUGUGUUCUCCUUCAAACAAAGACUAGAGACAGAAAACGGCAAUGGCAAUCAAUCUCUUCAAAGUGUCCAAUUUUUACACCAUGAGAUCUUAUGUCUCUCCACAUGUACCAGUUCCUAACGUUAACUUGCAAUCAGUCAGUUGUUCAGCCAAGGCAGAGCUUCCUCAUUUACGACCUGUAAUUAAGAGACGCUCUGCCAAUUACCCACCAACCAUUUGGACUUACAAUUUUGUGCAGUCCUUAAACAAUCAUAAUGCAGAUGUAUUGUACAAAGAAAAGGCAAGGAAGCUAGAGGAGGAAGUAAGACGUUUGAUUAAUAAUGAAAGUCAGGAGAUGUUAACAACACUUGAAUUGAUUGACGGCAUCCAAAGGUUAGGUUUGGCUUACCUUUUUGAGAAGGACACAAAGGGAGCUCUUGACAGAUUUGUUUCUAUGGGAGGAUGUCAUGUACUACCCAGAAAAUCUCUUCAUGCUAUUGCUCUUAGCUUCAGGCUCCUUAGGCAACAUGGUUAUGAGGUGUACCAAGAUGACUUUAAGGAUUUUAUGGAUCAAAAGGGUGAACUUUUAAAAUGCUUCAAGAAGGAUGUGCAAGGAAUAUUGAGUUUCUAUGAAGCUUCAUUUUGUAACUUAGAAGGAGAAGAUCUUUUGGAAAAGGCAAAGACAGAGACAAAAGUGUAUCUAAAUGAUCUGCAGAGAAACUCCAAAUCAGAUACUGUAGAAAGUAUUAGCCAUGCGUUGGAGCUUCCCCUGUGUAGGAGAAUGGUUAUGUUGGAAGCACGAUGGUAUAUUGAAGCAUACAACAAAAGAGAGGAUUCAAAUUAUACCCUGCUUGAACUUGCUAAGCUGAAUUUUAACAUGGCGCAAUCUAUACUCCAAAGAGACCUCAAAGACAUGUCGAGAUGGUGGAACAAUUUGGGUUUGGCAAACAAGCUGAGCUUCAGCAGAGACAGAUUGAUGGAAUGCUUCUUCUGGACAAUUGGAAUGGCCUUUGAGCCUCAAUUUAGUUCCUGCCGGAAAGGGCUAACAAAAGUCACUUCACUAAUUACCACCAUUGAUGAUGUGUACGAUGUAUAUGGUACUCUUGAUGAACUGGAGGUGUUUACAGAUGCUGUUGAAAGAUGGGAUGUCAAUGCAGUGAGAGAUCUACCAAACUGUAUGCAAUUAUCAUUUCUUGCUUUAUAUAACACUAUCAAUGAAAUGGCUUAUGAAACUCUCAAGGAACAAGGAGAACACAUCAUUCCUUACCUGACAAAAGCAUGGGCUGAUUUAUGCAAAGCAUUCUUACAAGAAGCGAGGUGGAGCCACAGUAAAUGCAUACCGUCAUUCGAUGACUAUGUCGAAAAUGGGUGGCGAUCUGCAUCAGGAAAUGUUAUACUCGUCCAUGCAUAUUUCUUACUAGGCCACAACUCAAAGCAGGCACUUGAUUCUUUACUAAACUACCAUGAUAUUUUGCGAUGGCCAUCUGUUGUUUUUCGACUUUGCAAUGAUUUGGCUACUUCAUCGGAUGAGUUAAAUAGAGGAGAAACUGCAAAUUCAAUAUCUUGCUACAUGUUUGAAAAUAGAGUUUCAGAGGAGCAAGCUCGUGAACAGAUAAAUAAAUUGAUAGACAAAGCUUGGACAAAGAUGAAUGAAUAUCAUAUUGGAGCUACUCAUUUUGGAGAACCUUUUAUAGAAGCAGCAAUUAAUGUUGCUAGGAUUCCCCAAUGCAUUUACCGGCAUGGAGAUGACCAUGGAGCUCCUGAUAGUAGAUCAAAGGAAAGAGUUUGGUCAUUGAUAAUUGAGUCCAUUUCGCUUGUUGAUAGCUGAAAUAUUGUUUCUUCUUUAUACUAUACUUCUAAAGAAUUGAAGCCCAAUAGGAUAAAUUCUUCCCUAGUAAUGUAGGAAUGAUAAGUUUGUAACCCAAUUACUAUCAUACCAUGUAUGAAAGACUUAAUUGUAAAUUU